AUGAAGACUUUAAUCUGUCUUACUUUAGCAGUUUUGGUGUUUUGCAGUUAUGUGGAUGCAGCACCGAAAGGCGAUUUAAUCACUUCAUUGCCUGGCGUGCCACAUCAGCCCAAAUUUAAGCAAUAUUCUGGCUAUUUGGACGCCUUAAAUGGAAAUAAAUUUUUUUACUGGUUUGUUGAAUCACGCAAAAAGCCAUCAGCCGCUCCUUUGAUUUUGUGGUUAACCGGUGGGCCAGGUUGUAGUUCAUUGCUUGCAUUAUUAUCUGAGAAUGGUCCAUAUGGUGUGAAAACUGAUGGCAAACAUUUAACUUAUCGUAAUACAUCAUGGAAUGAUUUCGCCAACGUCAUCUACCUGGAAUCGCCUGCAGGUGUUGGUUUUUCUUAUAAUCCGAAAAAAAAUUAUACCUGGAACGAUGAUGCUGUCGCUGAUAAUAAUCACGCUGCACUCAAAUCUUUCUUUAAAAAAUUUCCAGAAUUUGCAAAGAAUGAAUUUUAUGUGACCGGCGAAAGCUAUGGAGGCAUUUAUAUUCCAACUUUGGCUGUACGAUUAAUGAACGAUUCUAAAAUCAACUUUAAAGCUUUCGCUGUAGGCAAUGGCUUAAGUGAUACACGCUUUAAUGAUGAUACAAUGAUCUAUUUUGCUUAUUAUCACGGCAUUUUUGGCCAGCGUAUCUGGUCACAAUUGCAGAAAUACUGUUGUACUCAUGGUAGUUGCAAUUUCCAUAAUCCCAAAAAUAGCCAUUGCACAACAGCACUAACAGCAGCACAAAAAAUCAUGGGUAAUGAUUUAAAUAAUUAUGAUAUUUAUGCUGAUUGUGAAGGUUGUGCCCCAGCUAAAUUCAUGGACUCUCAGGCUAAGAUCUUAUAUCGCUACCUUCAUCCUGAAUUAUUUCCUAGUGUAGGCGAUCACAGCUUCGGUAGUGAUCAAUUACCGGUCCACGUUAUCGCUUAUUUAAACAUCAAAGCUGUACAAAAAGCAUUGCAUGUCGCUCCCCACUUGCCAAAAUGGGGUGGAUGCAGUAACAUUGUUAGUGCUCAUUAUACGACCACUUACAACUCAGCCAUCAAAUUAUAUCCUAAAUUAUUGAAGAAAUAUCGUGCAUUAGUCUAUAAUGGCGAUGUUGACAUGGUUUGCAAUUUCUUAGGUGAUCAGAUGGCUGUCCAUUCAUUAAAUCGUAAGCAAGUUAAACCUCGUCAACCUUGGUUCUAUAGUGAUAGUAAUGGUAAACAGGUUGGUGGCUAUGUUAUUCGCUUUGAUAAACUUGACUUCCUUACAGUUCGCGGUGCAGGGCAUCAAGUGCCAACUUAUCGGCCUAAACAAGCUUACCAAAUGAUUUACAAUUUUAUCCACAAUAAGCCUUACAGUACUAAAGUAGUACCAUAAAGUGCUAUCUACAUUGAUUCCUUUUUAGAUUAAAUGGCUUGAAUAAUUUAGUUACUUGCUGUUUUACUUAGAAAUUUCCGACAGUUACUGGUCUAUAGAAAGAAUAAAAAUAUAGCUGUAAAUUUCUUGGCUUUGUUGCAUAUGAUGAAUGCGUUGUUGUGUCAGAUUCCUUAAAUGGUAAAAUUUUGCAAGAGACUAAAUGCCUUUGCUGAAGUUUAAUUUUCUCUUAACAUUUUUAUAACUGACUAAUCUGUCAAGAUGGUAGAUUAGUGCAAUAGUUAGUCUGUCGAACGAUACUUAUAUUGUCUAAGCUUGCGGUUGCUUAUUGUAGUAAUUGUUGAAUCUUGAUUAUGGAGAUUUCUAUUAGCGAUACUUUACCAGACCUAAAUUGAAUAUGUUGCUAUAUGCAAGAUUCGUGUGAUCUUUUCGCUGUUAGAAACAUUUGAUUUUACUGAGUGUGUACUAUUCAUGCAUUAUCCAAAAAUGGCUCGGUCUUUUUCUCAUAAUCAACAUGUACUGCUGCUUAUACAAAUACGCAGCAGCUUUUAUAUGUCUUUAGAUAGCUUAAGAGCAGAUAAACGAUUACUUCUCUUGGUUUUGAU